GUAAGUUUCUUAAUGUAACCUUUUUCACAACUUAGCAUCCAAUAAGCAAUCACAUAUCUAGCCGAAUUAAGGUGAGGUCAUUCAAUAAAUAAUCUGAUCCCAGCAGUACAUUUUUCAGUAAAAGUAAAGGUAACUCGACACACUAUAUGAUCAGACAAAAUCAUUGGUUUAUCCUAUCUUGAGGAUUUUAUUAGUCGAGGAAAAUUUUCUCAGAUGAAAAUACGGUUUGAAAUGGUACUUCUUGGUUGAAGAAAAAAAGUAGAAUUUCAGUCAAAAUAUUUCUACAUUGAAUAUGACUGAGAAUCAAGAACAUCAUGAACACGAAUGGCAAACACAAGACAACAACACAACACUUUCUUCGAACAAUAGCGAAACAACCUCAAAACCUAAUGAAUGUUAUCAGAAAUUGCCGUUGUAUCUAUUUAUUGUAAUAUAUGUUUCAUUCUGCUGUCUUUGUGCACUUUGUCUAACCGUGUUAGAACGACCUACAGAAAGACUAGAAAGACUGCGUUUACAUGCUUCACAAAUCAAUUUUUUGAGGUCUAAUCCAUGCGUCUCAAGUGAAGAACUUCAAAUGUUUGUUAGUUACAUUGUAUCAGCCACAAAAAUGGGUAUAUCAAUGACUCCAAUAAAAAAUAUCAGUCGUUAUGAUUCAUUGAAAAUUCCUGACAAUUGGCAUAAAGAUUUUUAUUCAGAAACAAAUGCUGAAGUGAAUGCUCAGUUAGAAUCAAUUGCUAGAAGUGUUUUAACUGAAGAAGAAUUAAAUAACAGCAGUUGGAAUUUUUAUGAAUCAGUAUUUUUUGUGGUAACAGUUAUGACAACUAUAGGUUAUGGAACCAUCAGUCCAGUUACCACAUAUGGUAAAGCUUUUUGUAUAUUUUUGGUUGCUGUUGGAAUUCCACUGAAUGUCAUCUUGGUUUCUGUACUAGCUUCUUUGAUUAUGCCAGCAAUUCGUGAUUCACGAAAUGCUUUAGUCAGUUCUUACUAUCAUUCAAGCGGUCAUGAUGCAUCUCAUAACUAUACUAAAACUUGGAAACAUUCUGAUUUUGAUGAUACGGACGAGCAUAGAAGAUUUUCAACCGAUGUGAAACUAUGCCUCGAUAAAGAAGAAAAUAACGAUGAAAAUUCACACAUAUGUUUCAAGUUUAAAUCUCUAUUCCGAAGACAAGUAAAUACACCAGAUGUAUGGAGUGAAUGCGGUGGAUUCCAUAAAACAUUAUCGAAUAGUCAUUUAUCGAAUAACAAUGUGAAAAAUGAUCUUCAUUCGACAAUGUUUGAUAUUACUGGCCCGAACAAUGUCAUUGAAAGUAAAGAACUAACAAAUAAAACUACCUCACCGAAUUCUUCAUUUACAACUCUUUCAAUAAGCAAGUGUCAUUCUCAAAGUCCUACACCAAUAAAAACUAUAAAUUAUCCAAAAGAUUUGAAUGAAACCAAUAAUAAUCCAGAAUUAUCAAAGCAUGAACAAUCAAAUAAACCAAUCUCAUCAAUCAUGAAACAUCAUGUUGACAACACAACAAAUCUUAAUUUAUCUUCAGCAAAAACUAAUCGAUCUAAAACAAAACUUGAUCAUACCGAUACACCGAAGAAAUUAACACAUAAAGUUUCGUUGAGUUUUACACCGGUCAAUCAUCCAGAUUCAGCUGAGAAUAUAAUUCAAUCUCCUUCUAGUCAAUUUAGUGAAUGUAUUGGAAAAAAUACUGAUGUAAAAAAUGUAAAUAGACCAGUUCGACAUUCUUUAAGUGAGCUAUUUAAAGAUGUCGCUCAAAAUAGGAGUAAUUUUAAUGAUUGUUUUUCAACAGAAACAUCAUUAGCUGACCGUGCUCAUCUUUCUUGUAUAGCAUUUCUACAUUAUUUGUUAUCUAGAAGUGAUUUGGCUUUAACUACACAACUUAAACUUUCCCAAUUUCGAUAUGUCAGUUUACAUCAUGGAAUAUUUCGUUUACGAUUAUUACAUUUCUUCAUUGUGUUUUCCGUAGUAAUUAUGUGCUCAAUAAUUAUACCUGGGAUUAUAUUUGCUCAUUUAGAACAAAAUUGGACGUAUUUUGAUGCAAUUUAUUUCUGUAUUAUAUCACUUAGUGCAGUUGGUUUGGGUGAUAUGGUGGCAAGUGAAAGUAACAACAGUGGAUCAUCAUUGGUAACAAUAUUAUAUGUAAAAAAUAUUUACAGAGUAAUGACUGCAAUUUAUUUAGUUUUGGGAACCACAUUAAUUGCCGUUCUAAUAAGAAGUUUCCAAGAGAUUAUUGACUAUGAAUUUUUAAAUGUAGCAGAAGAAUAUAUCAAGGAAAAACUCAGUGAACAUGCAGCACAAAAUCCAUGUUCAGAAUUAUUUUUUGACGAUAAUAUACCUUCACAGAAUUGCAGAAACCAACUGAAGUAUAGAGAUAAAGGUUGAGAUAUUUUUUUAUUGCAAUAACAAAUAAUAAACAUUUAACUUAUAUUUUGAUGGUGUAUAUAGCACAAGACAUUUUUUUAAGUAAUUUAACAAACUCAGUUGUAAUUUUUUAUUUAUUCACUUUUUAUGGUGGAAUAUACAGCUGUAUGACCAUAAGACGGAAUCCAAUGAAAUAACUAAUUUAUGUCUCUUAUCACUUGUAAUUCUAUCAGUCAAUCAACAUUACUGUUGUCAUCAAUAUUUUAACGUUGUUUAUAUUCCAGAUAAAAACAAUAGAUUCUAUGUAUUUGUUAUAAGUUCCUGGUAAUUAUCCAAUAAAACUGUGAUUAAAGCAUUUUUAAGUAUUG